GCAUUUAAUGAAAGGCUGCUCAUUUUUCCCAAGGCUUUAAAAAGAGAUUUCUUACAUACUCUCAUCAUUUCUAUUUUAUAGUUCUUGCAGUUUAUGAAAUUUAUUUAGAUCCAACAUAAAAGCAAGACUCUCAUCAAGAAAAAUAAUGGAAUGACUAAAUCUCUGAGGCUAAAAUGUCUUAUCUGACUAGAAACUUUCCAGAUAACUAUCCAGACAUUGUGUGCAUGUGUGAGCAUUUUUGUUUGGAGCUUGAAGACCUGCGUGGCCUCCCGUCAGGAGAGUCUGCGCACUAUGACCGAGUGCCAGUGUGACGUCAGGACUGCAGAUCUUAUUUUCCGUCCAAGCACAACAGGCCUCCGCUGAAAGGACAGGAAACAGAUGGAUGCAACACAGGAUUCAGACCUGAAGACCAACCCCUUUGUUUCCUGCAUCAAACAGCCAUGUCUCUUUGGUACCAAAACCUCAUCUGUCAGGCGGUUGAUGCUCAGUGGUCUUCAUGUGAACCUCCCACACACUCAGGAGUCUCCAGCUCUCUGUGCGUGACCGACCAGGAGCAAAGCAUCUCCUCAUGGGAAAAUCGAAGAACCAUAGCUGAAGAUGAUCAAGAGGAGAUGCAACAUUUCAUUGAAAGUCGCUGCUGGAGUGAUGGAGUAAGAACAGAAACUCACCAGUGUGUUGAUGUUUAUGAGCAAAGGGACCCAGAAGGAAUGAGCCCCCUCUGGGGAGGAUCUCCACUGAUUUAUUAUGGAAUGGCAAGAAAUGUUGUGGUGGGAGUGGAAGUGGUGGAAGAAGUGGCUGUUGAAGAUACUGUUGAAGUAAUAACAGGGGAUGUGUUUACAGAUGGCCUCAUGGAUCCUGAGUUUUUGCAAGGACACCUGUACCCCACGUGAAACUGAAAUGAAUUGAAACAGCUAUUUACAUUUCAGUUGGUCACUUUGUGUGUGUUAUAUUUAUGUCAUUCUCCUUCAUGUCUUGAAAGUAAUUUGAGAUCAAUAAUUAUGCCAUGCGGAACUGUUUUUAAUGAAUUUAAUAUGUUUAUAUCUGUCAGUCUCUCUCUCUCUAUGUAUGUGCAUAUAUUUAUUAAUGUAUCAGAUGCUGCGCUGCUGCCCUCUGCUGGUGAUAAUAUGUACAGUACAGUUCUAAGCAGUCAAAUGGAGUCAUCCUGAAACAGACCACUGCAGCUACUAGGUUAUUUGAGAAAACGGUACAAAUUAUGUAUUUUAAAAUAGUUUGUUGUUCUGCCUCGACAUAUAUUUAGAAUGUUGUUUAUUCUCGAAAUAACCCAAAGUAUUUGAAUAAAACAAGGCUAAACUGGAACGGCUACAUCAUUGUGCACAUUUAAGCUUUUGAUUUUACUUACACCAAGCAAUCUCUCAUGACCAUUCAUGUGCGGAAGAGCCAUUACACAUUUAUAGAAGCUAUAAUGGUUGAGUGAACCUUCCUUAACUUUAGUUCUCUUCUAUUGCAUCAAGUUUUCAUUUCCUCAUAUUUUAGAUUCACUGUCAAUGUUCAAAAUCCCUUUUUAAAGGUAAAAAUAUUCAGCAAUUCCACUAUUUUGAGCCAAGUCGAGUCAAAUUGAAUUUUGAGGACCCUCCCAAAUCAUCUUUUGAUCUAUUUUAUUAAAAAUUACCAGUGGUCUUCCAAUUAUUAUCUUGAUCUUUUUAGCCAAAAUCAAAGACAUGUUUAGUUUUCUAAUAGGACAUAGUUUCUGAAGAGCAAAAGUAGUUCAUUAGAAAUUCACCUCUGAGUUGUGGGUGGGACUGUUGAUGUAAACAUGUCACAUCGUCCCAUGGUUAAAAUACUCUCCUGUAAGCUUAAAGCCCCUCACAACCCCAAUUUAACAAUACAGGUGCAACAAAAAUGGCGAGCAAUAGUAGUUUUGAGUCAGUUGCCAAUUUGAACGAGGAAAACAAAGACGGACAUGAAUCUACUUGUCUGCAGGCAGAUGUAUCAGAAUGGAGGGGAGCUGGGAGCUUAAGGCCUGCGAAAUGCAGCACUUAUGUCAGUGCUACAAGCUUUUUCAGCUGCAUUUUUUUUCAUCUGGUCCGGAUUCACAACGAUUUGGGGGGACAAACGCUCAGAAAAGACAUUUUAACAGUAAUUUUCCUUAAAUGUUUUUUCCAAUUUGAGAAAAAUGCUACAAGGACAAAACCACCAAGGGAGUUAUCAAACUACAUUUCUUAGAAAGCACUUGCGAGGAAGUAGUGUUACGUCAUCACAUCGCGCCGAAAUACAACAAACUUCCGUCUCCGCAAAGGAAAGCAGAAACGUUGCUGGUUUGGAUGGGGAAAAAAAGACAUAAUGUCGGAUUCGUUCCAACCAAAAACCGAUGAGGAUCGCCUGAAAUGUCUGCAGGAGCUGACGGAGUUCACGGAAAAGUGCAAAAAACAGCUGCACGACAUCUUUGAGACGCUGGGAUGGUCACCGGAUUACAGAACCUCCAACCAGGAGCCAUUGGAGCAGUGUCCCUAUGACCCCGACCACAGAGUCCCAGCCAAGUCCAUGGAGAAACACAAGACAUCCUGCAGUCUGAGAAAAAUGGGCUACUCGGCUGAAGAGCAGGCAGAGAUGUACGAUCCAUCUGUGUGUUAUGAAAACAGCUCUGUCAGAAGCUUGACAAUGGACAAGGCCACCCAACACCAGGUGAUCCUUCAGGCUAGAUCUGCAGCGCCGCUGAUGAAGAUGGAGGGAGUUUUCUGGCAAGGUCAGUACUCCGGCGAAGCCGUCGACGUUCCUCAGAACCACAAGCGGGCCGUGUGCGAUCUCACCGUCGCCGAUCGAUUGGCUCUUUACGAUCACGUGAUCGGCGCCCUCGGCCAGCAGAAGGAAGGCAACAAAGACGAUCUCUACGUAGAUUUGGUGUCCAAACUCCAGAAAGAUGACAAACAAAAUGAGCCAAAGAGUCACCUGGAGCUCAUAGCAGAGAUGAGGGACUACAAGCGGCGGCGUCAGUCCUACCGAGCCAAGAAUGUUCACAUCACCAAGAAGUCCUACACUGAGGUGAUCAGAGAAGUGAUCAGUGUCCAUUCAGAGGAACUGGCCCGUCAGUGGAAAGAGGAAGAGGAAGAGGAGUCACAGAGAUCUGAGCCCUCCUGCCACAGUCGGCGGCUGGAUCAAAGGCGGUCGGCGUCCACAGAGUCUCGUCACUCGCACGGAAGACGUCAUCGCAGCCGGGAACGGAGUCCCGACAGGGAGAGCAAGAAGAAGAAGAAGAAAAGGAAGGAGAGGGAUUCCCGUUCUCCAGAGGAUCAUCAUCAUCAUCAUCACCACGACCAGAAGAAGAAGAAGAAAAAGAAGAAAGACGACAGAGAGAGAGAAAAGUGCUGAUCAAAUGAAACUCCUUUACUCUCAGAUGUAGAAACAUGUCACCUCAUUUCAAAUU